AUGCUCCAAUUCGAACGCAGAUCAAUCGUAAAUGGGACCUCUUUGAAAAGACACGUCGGCCAACCCGUCAGUAUUCAUUUGAAGGUUGAUCGUGCCGAAGAUGGUUGCAAAUCGUUCAGCGGCAAAACGACGGACGGUGCUAAUGUUCAAGUGAUGCUAAUGGAACCACUGAAUGGUGCCUGCUCAGGAUGGGUAGAAAUAAUAGGCGUUGCUGGUCCCAACGACUCAGUUCGUGGCAAACAGAUUAUCACAUACUCUAACGUAGAUGGAGUUAAAACGGAGGACUUCGAUGUGGACGGACACAACAUGCUUUGCACAUUACUGUCGGUGUGUAAGGAACCAUUUUACAUGGGUUCAUAA